GCUAGCUGCUGCAUGGUCCACUGAAGCAGGCAGGCGACUCUAAAGCGAGGACUAGUUCUUGAAAUAACAAGAAAACAAUCCCGUUUCCAUGGACAACACGUCCAUCAUUACCCAGGUAGCAAAUCCAAAGGAGGACGAAAUCAUUUCUUCGAGUCAAGAAAAAGUCUCGCAAUCGAACAGCAGCUUAAAGAAACACAGGAGCAGGAGCAUCUUCAGCCCUUUCUUCUGCUGCUUCCGCAACUACAAUGUGGACCCGCCACUUCAGAACAACAAGACGUGUUCACUGCCUCCACCUGCCGCGGAGAACAGCGGCUCUCCUAAGUGUGAUCAGGUCCAGGUUAUCCCUAUCCCCAGUUCUCCAGCCAAAUACCUCCUACCUGAAAUCAGCAUCACGGACUACGGCAAGAACUGUGUGGUGAUCGACCUCGACGAGACCCUGGUCCACAGCUCCUUUAAGCCCAUCAGCAAUGCAGAUUUCAUCGUUCCUGUGGAAAUCGAUGGAACAGUCCAUCAGGUCUAUGUGUUAAAGAGACCUCAUGUGGACGAGUUUCUGCAGAAGAUGGGUGAACUGUUCGAAUGUGUGCUCUUCACAGCCAGCUUAGCUAAGUAUGCUGACCCUGUGGCAGAUCUGCUUGAUCAGUGGGGUGUGUUUCGUGCGCGCCUCUUCAGGGAAUCCUGCGUGUUCCACCGAGGGAACUACGUUAAAGACCUCAGCCGGCUGGGCCGACAACUCAGCAAAGUGAUCAUAGUGGACAACUCGCCCGCCUCGUACAUCUUCCACCCGGAGAACGCUGUCCCAGUGCAGUCAUGGUUUGAUGACAUGACAGAUACAGAACUGCUGGACUUGCUGCCUCUGUUUGAGGGUCUGAGCAGAGAGCAGGACGUUUACAGCGUGUUACAGAGCCUGAAGGCCAGGUAGCACUGACACACAGUCAUUAAAAAGAGACUAUACGGCUCUACUAGACACAGAUACUCCAGCAUCACUGGUCAGGCAAGGCUGUCCCGUCCAGACGGCGCUAUUGUCUUGCACAUGGGAGGAUGGACCUCAUCCAGCUAAGUGGACAAACCCUUCGUGUGCAGUCUGAAGUUUAUCGGACUGUAUGCUGCCCAGAGACAAUUGCACAGAAAAUAUGUAUAUAGCAUAUGUUUCUAAUGUUGACACACAGCAAGAAAGAAUUUUUGUAAGGAUAUUACGGAGGGUUUGGAAGAUGCUGUAGCGGCACGACCCUUCGGUUCAUGCUAUGCAGACAGUCAUUUCUCGAUCAGCAGUCUCCCCAACUGUGAUUUUUCUCUAACCUAGUAAAGUGCCUUCUGAACAUUUUUAUGAACAUAUAAGCAACAUUUUUAUAUGCUGCAUAUUUCCAGACCUUUAAACAAAUAUUUGCUGUAAACCCGAGUGGACAGACGAGCCUUUAUUUUAACACUGUUUAUUUAUUUUUCUUUUUCCCACUGAUUUCCGCCAGUCUGCAUUGAGCUAAAUGAACAGUGAUUGGAAACAGACAAACCUUUCUCUGUUAUUUCUGGGAAAAAGAAGAAAAGGAAAAAAAUCAUAUAAGCAUUGUGUUGAUGGGGAAAAAUACUGAUUAGCAUCAAACUGAUUUGAGUAAAAGACAUGGAAACUGUUAAUCAGCACUUGAAUACGAUACAGUAUGAGCAUUUAUGAGCAUUUAUCACAAUCAAAAUAAAUGUUGCAAUCGAUAUCAGACCUGGCUCAA